GUCGGCGAGGCCUCUCAGGCCUGGCGAGCCCUGCCGGUGGAGGAGUCCCGGCAGCCUCGAGCCUCGAGUCGAGCGCCGCGCUUCGCUUCGAACGCCGCGAGAGGCUGCCCUACGACGGCGCAAUACACUCUUCGAGCCGCCACGCGGUCGCAGCGGUCCUCGGCGCCACCGCUGCGGCCGAAUAAGGCUGCCCCAUAUCAGACAAGGGCUGCCCCCACGCCGUCGACGCGAAGCAUGGCCUCCUUCGACACCCUGAACUACGCGAAGUGGGAUUCGUUAGAUUGCUCCUCCGACGACGAGCCCCAGAAGGUCAGGAUCGACCCGCGCUCUCAUGGUGCCGCCACGAUCCGGGCCGACGGCACCAAGGCCUACAGCGUGCAGAUGUCGAACGGGGACGGCCCCUGCGUCGUCGAAGAGGAUGCUGUACAAAAUGAGGGCUUCGAUUCGGAUAGGCCCUUCGAGACCCAACUGGCGUGGCAGAACACAACAGAGAAAACAUGGAUACAAAUAGCUCUACCCAGUAAAGCCGAGGCCUCCGCGUCCUUUCAUGAGGAAGACGUAGAAUUGCGGAUCAAAGGCAUGGACCCCGUUCGUUUACCACAUCCACCAGUAAUAGAGAAGGACUGCACUUACGCUAUGGGUGCCAGACCCUUCCACGGAUCUCCACAUCCCAAAAAGUGCCUCGCGCUGGAGUUAUGUAAGAAGCAACAGAAAUUGUGGCCCCAGAACGUUUUUGGGGGCGGCACGUCCGAUUUACUAAGAGCGGGCGAGGAAAUCGAAUGCGCCUGGCGCCAAGGGACUCAGAUGCUCGCCACGACGCCUCAGGAAGAUGACUGGACGGGCGCGUACACGUGGCGCCAGGACAAUGAAAGAGUGUCGAUCUGGUUCGACGUGCCAGACGAUAUUUCUGCGAAAGACGUCGACGUGAACUGCCUGCCGCGUUUUCUGACGAUUUCCGUCCGGCAACGGAAGUACCAGCGGCGGCUGACUGGUGUAUGUGUACCGUCCGAGCUGGUCUGGGAGUUCGACGAUGAUAUCAAGGAUAGAAGACGGUUGCGCGUCGAGGUCGCCAUGCGCGACCUGCGGAGCUGGGAGGACGGGCCUUUUUUGCCGGAGAUGUCCCGGAAGGAGGCCCAGGCGGCGGCGACGAGUCGGAGCGCCGCGCCGGCGGCCGCGAAGAUUAGUAGAAGCGCCGCGCCGGCGGCCGCGCCAGCAACGGCCGCGCCCGCAACUUCCGCGUCGGCGACUGUUAGUACUACUACGACCGCCCAGUAAUUUGUUAGUUUUUA